CUAAGUCAACACCAGUGAUAAUCCCGAAAUAAAUUCAUUUUAUAUUCGAUUGUACGUUGCAUCUGCUUGGCGAGGGAUGUAAUCUAGCGCGUGGAAGAACCUCUGAGUCAUACAACGUCAUCGUUUCGAGCUCAUCCCAACCAGCGCCCGAAAAUAGGACCACCCCGGCAGCACCAUGGCUCAGCUUCCGCCUGACUGAACAUUGUCUUGGCUUCGGUGAUUCCUCAUGCAACUUGUACCCCGUUUUCGAAUCUUCUCCAUUCUCUUGAAGCUAUGCACCUCGGUCAGUAUGCUCUUCGAUUCCUGUCUCGAGGGUACUCGAUUUUUUCGUCUUCGGGUCCUCUUCAAUUUUCACUGGCUGCAAUGUUUUCAGCUGUGUCUUAGUUCAAGAAGGUUCCGUGAUGCUGCGCGGACGACGAUUCCCCAUAAUUUUGCAGAUUUAUGCCUUUGUUGGGUCUUCAGUGACGGAAUUUCUAUCCAGGGCCUGACGACGUAAUACUCUGAAAACCCAUUCCUCCUUGCAAAUAUUAUGCCCUGGACUCCCAUCUUUGAAUUGUGUCAUCAUCCUGUGUACGGGUAGCAAUGUCCAGCGCUGAUGGUGCACAUUGCCCUUAAUCUUCUGUGAUUGAGAGGAGUACUGCACAAAAUUCGCUACAUAUGAAGAAGCCCAGCCAUCAAAUUACAAGAAGAGCAGAAUACGAAUUGUAUCACGGAAUCAUGGUAUCUCUGCGACAGUCGUUGCAGAGAAUUUCUAUCAAGACCUUAGGCAUGUAUGAAGAGAGAUUCUAUCUCGACGAUGCAAGUUUUAUUUUGAUGACUCUACCUGGAUCAGAUAGAUUUCCCAAGUCCAUGCACCGACAGUACGUUGAGUAGGGAGGCCUUCGGAAGUUGGAUAUAAGCUUGCCUCAGGUAAGUCACAGGAUCAAAUUCAAUUAAGAAAGUCUGCUUUGCUUAUAACAAGGGCAACCAAGGCUUCAUGCAUCCCGUUUUUUUUCAUUAGGCCUUCUAUCGGAGAAUGUAUCCGAAGGAGCAUAGUGCUGACCUUGUUUCAGUCUGACGGUAUGGACCACCGGAACAACAUCGAUCGCUUGGAUAGAACAGAGAGAUUGAAAGCUCGAUUCCCGAAAUUUGUAUUGUCAACCGUUGAUUGGAAAGAAAUUUGCAUUCCUU